CGGGGCGUGGAGGUGGAGGGGAGUGUUGCAUCCUCUCACGUGACCAGCCCUCUGUGUGAGUGUGAGUGUGUGUGUGUGUGUGUCCUCUCAGUCCGGAUCUCUUUGUUGUGGCUGCAGCUGCUGCUCUCUUUACGCACCCGCGUCUCGGCGCGGAAGAACACAGCCGGAGCGGCCGACUGGGAAGCAGGACGUGCAGCGGGGGAAGCUGCGUGUGCGACAGCCGACAGACAUCAGCUGCACCGCGUUAGUCUGCCCGAAAAGACGCGGAGAUUCGGCGCGGAGGAAGGACGGAUGGCGAGAAUGCUGCCGCUGCCUCCUCUGUGGACCGCUUCGGACGCUUCCUGAACGCGGACUCAGGCGAGCAGCCCCCCGCACAUUCCUCCAUCUUCACCGCGGACUUGUGCGCUCCCUCCAGCCGCCGGAGCUCCUCCCGAGGCAGCCUGGACGGGUUUUUCCUUCUGCUUCACCAGGGAUUACGCCGACGCCUUUCCCCACCUGAAUCCAGAAGCGAGUGAUUUGUCUGCCGCUGUCUGGUGGUUGGAUCAUCAUCAUCAUCAUCAUCAUGGUGUCAGGGCCGGGGACGGGUCCCGGCGGGGUGGUCCCGUACCUGCUGUCCGCCUGCCUGCUGUGUGCGCUGCUCUGCCUGCCGGAGGCUCGGGCGUCUUACUACCCUCAGAGCGGAGAGUGCAGAGGCAAAGCGAAGGACUGCACAGAUCUGUCAGAGAAGAAGAGCGACCUGAGGGUCUGUGACGAGUCCACCUGUCGAUUCGGCGGCGUCUGCAGAGACGACGGCGCUCAGCUCAAAUGCGUCUGCCAGUUCCAGUGCCACAAACACUACGUCCCCGUGUGCGGCUCGAACGGAGACACCUACCAGAACGAGUGCUACAGGCGACAGGCGUCCUGCAAACAGCAGAGGCUCAUCUCCCGGGUGUCCGACGGGCCCUGCUCCGCCGAUCCUGGAUCCGGCUCAGGAGACGGAGACGAUGACGAGGGUUCAGGCUCCGAUGGCGGGAAGAAGUUCACCAAGUGCAGCACAUGUAAAUAUGGAGCCGAGUGUGACGAAGACUCCGAGGACGUCUGGUGCAUCUGCAACAUCGACUGCAGCGGUCACAACGAGAACCCGGUGUGCGCCACUGACGGCAACUCCUACAACAACCCCUGUCUGGUCCGAGAGGCGUCGUGCAUGAAGCAGGAGCAGAUCGACGUCAAACACCUGGGCAGGUGCCCCGCUGAUAAAGAGAAACUGGGGAAGAAAGACGACAGCAGUCCUUUCAAAGUAAACAUCUUAGAAACCAAGGGUCUGGACCACGGUGACGGUUUCUACGCCGGGAUGCCGAUCCCCUGCGCCGACAGCUACGCCGGCUACUGUGUUCACGGGAAAUGUGAGAUUAAAUACAACAUGGCUACCUGCAGGUGUGAUGCAGGCUACAAAGGUCCUCAGUGUGACGAGCCUCAGGACUUCAACAUCCUCUACGUGGUUCCUAGUGGACAGAAGCUGCACUACGUCCUCAUCGCCGCCAUCAUCGGUGCCGUACAGAUCGCCAUCAUUGUUGCCGUGGUGAUGUGCAUCACAAGGAAAUGUCCGAAAAACAACAGGGGGCGCCGGCAAAAACAAAACCUGGGACACUUUUCCUCGGACACUAACUCCAGGAUGGUAUAGCCGUGCUUGUCUGGGUUCUUUUUGAUAAGUUUUUUCUUACAGCGUGGGAAUACCAUUUUUUAACGGUAGAUGUGUGGUAUUAUUUUUCUCUCCUGGGAAACCAUAAGAAAAGAAGAAUGAGAAUAUUGAUUUAAGGGGCCUUAUUUUCCCUCCUUUUUUGCUCGUGGAUGGUAUUUUAGCGCAUUGAUUUGCGUGAUCAUGAUUUGUCUUUCUUUACCACAAAGUACAAGGAGCCGACUCGUCAAAACCUGCUGUGACUUUAAUUCGUUACCGUGUCUGCUGUCUUAAUUACUUUAAACUGCUUCGUUAGAGGUUUGUUCAACGCUUUAUAAAAACGGUACCUUUGGUAAACUGGCUAACAGAGUAAUGUCUGCCCCUCUGGAAUGUGUUAUUUAUUGAAAAUUAUGAUUUCUAAGCCCACCACUGUUUUCCUUUUUACUAAUGAUGUGCAGCUGAUCACCAAAUGCUGUUUGUUUUUAAUUUUAAUGUUAUUUUAGUAGGAGGUGAGCGUGGGCCAGCCAAUGAUAUAGAUAUGUUUACAUUUAUUCUUUGGUAUAAAAGUCCCUGUAAAGACUUCACUGUGUUCGAACAAGCUAGUAAUUUAUUAUUAUUAUAUUAAUAAUUUUUGUCAGUAGUUUUUACAUAAAGUUUUUAUGUUAAUUUUUAUUUUAAUGGUUGGUUUUUGAGUUCUAGAUCCUGUAUAUUCGCAUGACUUGUGAAAACUGUGUACUGUGCUGUAGUUUUAACUUUUGUAAAGGAAAUGCGGCCUCGACGCCUCAGAGAUCCGAAGGAGAUGGAAACGCAAAGUGGGACUGAUGAAAGGAGGGUGAAGAUUUUCGUCAGUGUUAAAGAAAGGAAUGUGUUACCGUUUGGAAAAAUUGUCUGCUUUAGCCACACCAGAGAAUACAAAAAGGAACUCUUUUAUUUGCCUUUGAUGGUGAGAAACGCUGAAAUACAUUCUUCUAAAGCCACUUUUGCUUUGACAAGGAACAGAUUUGUUUUUUGAUUGUUUCUGAAUCGAGAGGAUUGUAAAGGAAAUGUUUCAGCUGUUUUGGGGGCUGACAUCAAAGGGAGGUCAAUGCUAAAUGAUGUUUUUACGGUAACGGAAAAAGUCUCGAUUGCUCAGAGGCCGUAAUCAGGGCUCUUCUUUGAAUGUGAGGGAAGAAUUGUGUCUUUUUGGUUCUUGGUUUAGUUUUUGUAUUUGCUCCUCAACAAAACAUUCCAAGCAUAGCAAAAUGACAACACGGGCAAAAUGUGAAAUAUGAAUUUACAGUACAAAUAUCACUUAAAGACCUUAUUUUCCACUGGUAUUAACAUGAAAAAGACACAGUGUUCUUAACGCAGACAAAUACAGUUUGUAGGAAGUCACAUGACAGUAGUCAGACAAAAAAACAGAAAAACAUUCAUGUUCAAACAACUAGCCAAGCGCUAUAUGGACAGGAAGACAAUGUCUUUUCUGUGUUGAUCACUUGUGUCCCUGAAUUCAUUCUAACACAACCUGUUGUUCUAUUCUCUUUGUCCCGUUAAGCCUUUUGUCUGUUUUGUACCGAAGCCCAGUCAUUUCCUUGCAAGCUGUCAGAAAUUAUCUCCUUCAGGAGCGCAUGAAUUGAACUGACCUCAGUGCUCUCAACCUGAACCUGAAACCUUUGAUUACCUUUUUAACAAUACAGUUGAGUUUGUGCUUUAUAGCAAACUAAUCAUUGUGAAGUCAGCAGCAAACUAAACCUCCUCCUAUCAGCCUACAACAAUGACACAGCUGUAACCAUGAAAUAAUUAGUCCUUCAUUUUCUCUAUUGUGAUACAACAACAUAAUAUGUUCAGUAUUCAGGAGGCUGGAGAAAUCCUUUCUUAUGCUGGGCUCAGGCUACGGGAGUUUCAGGCCAGUUCAGUCCCAAUUCAUCCCUCCUCAUGAUGGGAGAAACCUGGUCUGGGACCUUGGUGGGUACGGAUGCUCAGCCCAGAUUAUCUGGUAAUGUGAGGCGUUAACAGAUCCAGUCUUAAACUUUCUAACCUGGUCACAGACUCACCAAACAUGUUCGAUUUUUGCGAUUUAAAAUCUGAUGAUGGAUGAUUAUAUCAACAAGGGUGAACAUUCUAGCCUCUGAAGCUAACACUAGCAUGCUAACAUGGGACUGUUGACAGAAACUGAUAGCUAAACUAUCAGCUCCAGUUCUCAGUGAAGACUAGACUAAAUAUCACCUUCGUUCCUGCAUUCAUUUAGCCUUUUGUCUCACUCUAAGCUGCUGUGAAAAUCCAUUCAAUUUAGGUUUUUUUGUUUUUGUUUUUGUUUUUUCAAAUCAGGAUCCUCACACAAGUCAAAAUGUAGUUGUGAAAAGGUCUGUGAGUCAUGUUUUCUAAAUUGGGAUCUUGUAGGACAAUUAACUAUGCAUUAACUUCACUGCCAUUGGCUCCACUUUGCAGCUCACAGUUAAUAGCAAAAGUCAGACUGCAACAAGAGACUAAACCGAGAAGCAGAACUUGACUAUUAAAUUAGUUUGGGGAUAAUGAAUGGGUAAAACUAGCUGCCCAGUCAAGCUGCUAAAAGGCCCAUUCACACCAGGAUUAAAACAGUGAAAGUUUGGACCAAAAGCAAUUCAUUUCAAUGAAACUGCCAGGAUAAUUGGAUUAGACGGUGGCUGUAAUUAAACUAAAUAACGAGGUGAGCUUCAGUGAGAUUUGACAUGCUGAAUCACACUGUUGACCAAUAGCAAACUGUGUUGACAGCGCUAAUCUUUCAAAUAGGGGUAGAAGCUAUUAUAUUAGCUUUGCAGCACCAACUAGCUUGCUGUGACCCUGCUCUGCUGGACAUUUAACUGCCCAGUGGUACAGCCAAUCAAUUAUUGUGCUAACUUUUAUCAGCAACCGAGAUAUUUAGCAGGCUUACUCGCAGCGAGCGAGGCUGCCAGCUUGUAACCGGCUAGAGCUAGCAUGAAUGCAGGGGGCUAAGACAUUCCCUGUUAGCUCACUGUGCACAGUAAACUGGCUCCACAAGCAGUCAAAUUUGCCACAAGCUACAGUAACACAGACAGGCUCAAGUCCGCUGGACAAAAGAUAGCUUGGACGCUACUGCCUGGAGCUAACUCCCAGCCAAAGUCUGCAGCCCCAGAUUGCACCGGCGGUGACGCCAGGUUUCAGAUUUGUACUUGGCCUUUUUUCUUGUUGUGUACCUGUGGAAGAGGAACUGAAACUCUGAGGCUGUGCUGAGAUCCAGAAUAUGAAUUCAGGGCAGGUUUGUCCUGUCUGUAUGUUUACAGCUUUUAUUUUCUGUCACAGGAGUUUGUUUCUGUAAUGUCUUAGUCUGCAGGUUGUAGGUCAGCCCCCCAACCCUCCCCCUUCUGCUGAGCAACGUGUUUCUGCGUGUUGUUGACCAUCGCAGCCGUGACUUCUCUUAAUGUGACUAGAAUGUGUUUGACAUGUCAAUAUUCUGCAUGUAGACUCUGAGAGGCUGUUUUGGUCUCUGCCAAAAUAAAAAAGGAAAUGUUUUUCUAAUGUA